AUGCGCCCCGCAGCCCGGGCUGUCGCUCCCUGGCUGGCGGCUGCGGCGAGUCCCGCCAUGGAGUCCUACGAUGUGAUCGCGAACCAGCCCGUGGUGAUAGAUAACGGCUCUGGUGUAAUCAAGGCAGGUUUUGCAGGUGACCAGAUACCGAAGUACUGUUUUCCAAACUAUGUGGGCAGACCAAAGCACGUUCGUGUCAUGGCUGGUGCUUUAGAAGGGGACAUUUUCAUUGGGCCAAAAGCAGAGGAGCACCGAGGUCUGCUCUCGAUCAGAUACCCCAUGGAACAUGGCAUAGUGAAGGACUGGAAUGACAUGGAGCGCAUCUGGCACUAUGUGUAUUCGAAAGACCAGCUUCAGACUUUCUCAGAAGAGCAUCCUGUGCUCCUGACGGAGGCUCCCCUGAACCCACGGAAGAACCGAGAGCGAGCCGCUGAGGUUUUCUUUGAGACCUUCAACGUGCCAGCGCUUUUUAUCUCCAUGCAAGCGGUGCUCAGCCUUUACGCUACAGGGAGAACCACAGGGGUGGUGCUGGACUCCGGGGAUGGCGUUACCCAUGCGGUUCCUAUUUACGAAGGGUUUGCUAUGCCUCACUCCAUUAUGCGGAUCGAUAUCGCUGGCCGCGAUGUAUCCCGCUUCCUUCGCCUCUAUCUCCGGAAAGAAGGCUACGACUUUCACACAUCAUCAGAGUUCGAGAUCGUCAAAACCAUCAAAGAGCGUGCCUGUUACCUGUCAAUAAACCCCCAGAAGGACGAGACGUUAGAGACCGAGAAAGCCCAGUACUACCUGCCAGAUGGAAGCACUAUUGAGAUCGGCCCUGCCCGUUUCCGAGCCCCCGAGUUACUGUUCCGGCCUGACCUGAUUGGAGAAGAGUGCGAGGGGCUGCACGAGGUGUUGGUGUUCGCGGUUCAGAAAUCGGACAUGGACCUGAGGCGAACGCUCUUCUCCAACAUUGUGCUGUCCGGGGGCUCCACGCUCUUCAAAGGCUUUGGAGACAGGCUCUUGAGCGAAGUGAAGAAACUAGCACCCAAGGACGUCAAAAUAAGGAUAUCUGCUCCUCAGGAGAGAUUAUAUUCCACGUGGAUCGGUGGCUCUAUUCUGGCCUCGUUGGACACCUUUAAGAAAAUGUGGGUUUCAAAGAAGGAAUACGAAGAAGAUGGAGCCCGUGCCAUCCACCGAAAAACCUUCUAGCCCUGGGACCCGUCCUACACUCGCUUUUCUGAGUCCGAGUGUCUGUGAGGAGCUGUGUGUGUGUGUGCGUGCCGAGCAUGGCCCCAGAAUGUCAUGGAGCAAAGAGGAGGAGAAGGAUUAGAUCACUACUUCUUUUUUUUUUUUUUUUAAUUUUAAACUGUAGGAGGAAAAAUAACCAGGCCCCAUUUCUCCGGUUGGACCCAUUCCUUUUACCUUCACUCCUCUUGCGGCCACGUCUGUCACUCUAGAGAAAGGGAAUGGCUUAGAAAUGGAACAGCUGGACAGAAGGGAUCUGACCACUGUAGUUACGUAGCCUAAGACUCCAAACCCUGGCGUGUCCUUCCCCUCCGGCACUCCACAGCACUGGCUGCUUUGCCCUUCGUGGGUGCCCAGCAGUGAGUGUCUCUCGCUGGCCACUUCAUCUUUUUUUUUUUUUUUUCUUUUUUUUCUCUCAUAUUUUUAUACAGAAAAAACACAUUGGGAGCAGUUACAACUCCUCCCCCCCCCCCCUUUUUUGUUUUGUUUUUGGUGUGUGUGUGUGUGUGUGUGUGUGUGUGUGUGUGUGUAAACUCUUAGCCUGCUCCGUGGCUAUGGACCACGACUGCACAGCUGGCGCAACUGCUGACAGGACUUAGUUUGUAUUGCAUGGUGUAGGUCACAACCACCCCUCCGCCGCUCUGAUUGUACUAGACGGUUAUGAUCUUAGGCUCUUGUUCGCUGACGUUCUUUCUCCUUGUGAAGCAGGUGCCCAGGGUGGGUACAAAAGCACUGGGGUGUUUGCUUUGAGAGGUUUACAGGGCCGUGUCUCACUCUGUAAGAGAGGAAGCUGCAUUUCCCCCUUUCUCCCACAGCAGGGUCAAGGAACCAUCCAUUUUCAGCCGGACAAAACCUCUUCCAUUUGAUCCGUCCUUGGGCGAAAAAGCACAUUGUAACUUUUGAAUUAUUUUAUUUAUUGAAAUGUUUAAUAUCUAAGUUACUAACAGAGCUGCUGGUUCCAGGGGCAGCGGCUGCCCCUCUCCUUCCAACACCCUUGUACUGAAUUUUCCAUUGUUUAAUGCGAACACUAAUGUUUACAGCACACAUGCUUCGCAUAGUAGCCAGCUAGCCAACCCCGCAACGCUCCUUGGUUACUGUUAGCGAGUCAACGUUCUCUAGGAAUGCACCAAAUGAGAGGACAAUAAACUCUUAGUACGCUGGCAUUAUCA